AUGGGGCCGCGCCCCGCCGCCCCCGGCGCUGCCCUGGCGCUGCUGGGGAUCGCCGCCGCCGCUGCCGCCAGGUCCCUGGCGCUGCCCGACGCGGGCCCGCACGUCAACUACGGCUGGGGGGAACCCAUCCGGCUGCGGCACCUCUACACCGCCAGCAAGCACGGGCUCUUCAGCUGCUUCUUGCGCAUCGGCGGCGACGGCCGGGUGGACGCUGUCAGUAGCCAGAGCCCGCAGAGUCUGUUGGAGAUCCGCGCCGUGGCGGUGCGCACCGUGGCCAUCAAGGGCGUGCAGAGCUCCCGCUACCUCUGCAUGGAUGAGGCGGGGCGGCUGCACGGGCAGCUCAGCUAUUCCAUUGAGGACUGUUCCUUUGAAGAGGAGAUUCGUCCAGACGGCUAUAACGUGUAUAAAUCGAAGAAAUACGGAAUAUCAGUGUCUUUGAGCAGUGCCAAACAAAGACAACAAUUCAAAGGAAAAGAUUUUCUCCCACUGUCUCACUUCUUACCCAUGAUCAACACUGUGCCAGUGGAGGUGACAGACUUUGGUGAAUAUGGUGAUUACAGCCAGGCUUUUGAGCCAGAGGUCUACUCAUCACCUCUUGAAACGGACAGCAUGGAUCCCUUUGGGAUCACUUCCAAACUGUCUCCAGUGAAGAGCCCCAGCUUUCAGAAAUGAUUCUGACUGCACACUCGGUUUUAAAGAAAUACCACAGAAUGUUGCAGGUUUUUAGCUUCUUGUGUAGUGAUGUCUCAAACCUUUUUUUCGUGUCUCAGUAUGCAGACAGCCUUUCCCGUACAAUGUGUUGUACCUAUAAGAGCUAAGUGCCCAGAUGCCAUGUUCAAAAGCAUUGCCUCUCCAUAGUAUUCUUGGAAAAGAAAAAUUAAAUAAGAACAGCUUAACAAAUUCAUCAGAGUUCUUCCAUUACUGUGGUGAUGAUAAAAUACAUAGUUUUCAUACAUCAAAUUCAUUACCACAUAUGUUCAC